CUCGAAUUUGCUUUUGCUUGCACAAUGAGCACCGAAAAGUACGCCGAAGUAAGCACCCCCGUCGGCCACGCCGACCUCGAAGACGCCGGCAAAAAGGUUCACGGCAAGCCCAACUCGUUCGUCCAGAUUUGUCUCCUCGGUCUCGUCCUCUUUGGCUGCCCCGGUAUGUUCAACGCCAUCAACGGCAUGGGCGCCGCUGGCCAAGUCGACGCGACCGCCGGCUCUAACGCCAACGUCGCUCUCUACGCGACGUUCGCGUCCUUCUCGAUCGUCGCCGGUUCGAUCCACAACGUCCUCGGUCCUCGUCUUACGCUCUUCAUCGGCGGUCUCCCGUACGUGCUCUACAUUGCCUCGCUCCUCAACUACAACCACACGCAGAACGGCACGUUUGUGAUUGUCGCUGGCGGUAUCCUCGGCGUCGGCGCCGGCCUCCUCUGGACGGCCCAGGGCGCUGUCGUGCUCUCGUACCCGACCGAGAACGAGAAGGGCAAAUACAUCUCCACCUGCUGGGUCAUCUUCAACCUCGGCGGUGUCAUUGGUGCGCUCGUGCCGUUCAUUCUCAACUUCAACUCGGAGGCUGGCAAUGUCUCGGACGCCACGUACAUUGUCUUCCUCGUCUUGAUGGUGUGCGGUGCCUCCAUGUCGCUCUUCAUGAAGAAGCCCGAUUCGAUCAUCCGCUCGGACAACACGCAGGUCGACUACCCCAAGUCGGCGUCCGUCAAGGACGAGAUCAAGUGCUUGUACGAAGCCAUUUUCGACUGGCGCAUGCUCUGCCUCAUCCCCGCCUCGUUUGCGUCCAACUUUUUCUACGGCUACCAGUUCAACGCGGUGAACGCGCACAUGUUUUCGCUCCGCACGCGCGGUUUCAACGGUGUCUUGUACUGGGGCAUGCAGAUGGUCGGUGCCUUCGUCUUUGGCAACUACGUCAUGGACAAGGAGUCCGUCUCGCGUGCGACGCGCGGCAAGGUCGGUCUCGCGAUCGCCACGGGUCUCACCUUCCUCGCGUGGAUCCUCGGUGUCAUCGUCCAGAAGGAUUUUACUCGCGACGACCCGAAGCAGAACAUUGACUUUACCGAGAGCAGCCGCGCCGCCUUUCCCAUGAUUGUUUUCUUGCUCUACGGGUUGGUCGACGCCGUCUACCAGAACUACGUCUACUGGGUCAUUGGCGCCAUGUCCAACGACCCGAUGGACCUCGCGCGCUUUGUGGGUUUGUACAAGGCGUUCCAGAGCGCGGGUGGUGCGAUCUCGUGGCGUAUCGACGUGCUCGAAGUGUCGUACAUGACGCAGCUCAUCAUCAACUGGGCGCUCAUGGCCAUCUCGUUCCCGUUCAUGUACCUCGUCGUCCGCAAGCUCUCCAACUAAGCGAUUCGAUAGCAUCUUGUAUCAUGCCUAAUGACACCAUUUUUGCGCUGUUUUGAUCGCCUCUUGUU